AUGGUAUGCACUACGGCAAAGCAAGCGCCUGUAUCCUUCCAAGAGACGAGCGAGAUACCUCGUCGCCUUUUCUUGAUCAAUACAUCAUUUCGCGAUGUCGAGCUACACAACUACUUAUCGUCACAGUACCACCAGGCUCAAGUUUCCGUAUCGCCUUCAAAACCACUCAAGCAGCCCGCGAUACAUACCAAUCAGAAUGAGCUGUUACAGUACUUUCAUCACUUAGCGCAUCUGUCUUUGGUCACAUUCAGCACGACAACGGCUGGAAUCCGCGAUACGCUCAUGAGAAUGGCUAUGAUUAACAACAGUGCUUCAGCCUCGGCUCUUCUGCAUGCUCUGCUAGCCUAUUCAUCCCUUCACCAUCAUGGCCUGAGCGAAACAUCUCUCAAAUUCAAAGUACAGGCACUUCAUCUACUAUCUACCUCCGCCGAAGAUGGUGAAUUGUCCUUAGUAAACGCCUCUCAGCACGUGGCUGCGUCCAUGCUGCUUGGAUCAUUUGAGACUUUACGUCCUUCUGAGAGCUCAGGUGAAUGGUUGUGGCAUAUCUGGGGAGCUGUGGAUGUCAUUCAAGCCACUCAACUCAGCGAUCAUUCUUCUGAGAAUGAAACAUACGUUCUCAUUGACUGGGUCAACUAUCAUUAUACGCUCUCACGUUUCAGCACGCAGCAUUGGCGACAUAAAUCACUGGCUUCAAAGGCGUCCAAGAAACCGAUGCAACUCUUUCGUCGCAGAACGACCCCGCCACUGUCAAUAUACAGACCCAAUCAUCCCUUUAUAGAUCCGACGUCUUCUAUAAUGAGCCUCCUUUUUGAAGCAUGCAAUACUUAUAUGGAUCCACAAGAUCCCCAAAGUCACAGUCCGGAAUACCGCAACUCGCUCCGACGGCUCGAAGCGCAGGUUGACGAUCUGAUUGCUUCCCCAGUCCCGAACGAUCUAAAUCCUGAAAGCGCAUUUGCGUUGGAGUUAUACCGUGUAGCAACACGCAUAUACAUAGCGCGUGCCUCCCAAAGUCCAUGGGAAGCACCCGCAGUGUUGGACUCGCUGGUAGAUGCACUGUUCAACGGUCCAGUGGCGUCGUGCACCUGCAUUCAUUUCUUUCCGCUAUUGAUUCUCGCAUGCGAAUCACGAAGGGAUGAUCAACGGGUGGCAAUACUUAAUCUGAUUGACAGAACUCAACGCGAUGCACGAAUCAGGAGUAUGAAGGCUGUGACGAAUGCUAUUCAGGCUGUUUGGGUGCAGCAGGAUCUUCAUGCUGAUAGUGAGGUGUUGGUGAAUUAUAUGGAUCUCCUCAGUAUUGGAAUUAGCUCAAGUAGCAGUAUUCCGUCCUUUGCAUAA